UCACCUGCCGUUCCUCCCCUCUCCUCUCUCCGGGACCACCUGCGCGGUGGUCGCUGCUAAGUUUGGGACCGUGGAGUCCCGGUUGUCCCGGCUCGGCGGCCUCCUCCAGGGGUUAGGGGGAGCGUCGGCCAGCACCACCAGGUUCCUGCCGGGCUUCGUGUCCACCGCGGCGGAGAGCCAUGGCUCCGAGCGCCGGGAGAGACGCGGCUCGGCGCGCUCCCGCAUGCCGGUGAUGCGCGGGCUCAUCGCGCCCCAGAACACCUUCCUGGACACCAUCGCCACCCGCUUUGAUGGGACCCACAGCAACUUUGUUCUGGGGAAUGCUCAAGUCCAGUCCCUGUAUCCCAUAGUCUACUGCUCCGAUGGCUUCUGCGAGCUGACGGGCUUCGCUCGGGGCGAGCUGAUGCAGAAGAGCUGCAUGUGUCACUUCUUGUAUGGCAGCGAGACCAGUGAACGCCUCACCUCACAAAUGCAAAAAGCUCUGGAUGAACGCCGGGAGUUCAAGACGGAGAUCGUUCUGUACAAGAAGACUGGCUCCAUGUUCUGGUGUCUGCUGGACAUAGUUCCCAUCAAGAAUGAGAAGGGGGAGGUGGUUCUUUUCCUGGUCUCGCACAAGGAUAUCACAGAAAAUAAGGACCUGGACCACGGCAAUGAACCUGACGCUGAUGAGGAAAAUGGUGUUGAGAUCCAGCCGGUCAGUCGUCCUCCAGGGUGCAACAUGGAGCGGCGGCGCAGUCGGGCCGUCCUCUACCAGUUGUCUGGACAUCUCCAGAGACAGGACAAGAGCAAGAGCAAGCUAAAGCUCAACAACAGCGUUCUUGGAGCCAACGCCAACCCCGUCCCAGAGUAUAAGGUGGCCGAUGUCCAAAGGUCCCGCUUCAUCCUCCUUCACUACGGUGCAUUCAAGGCCGGCUGGGAUUGGCUGAUCCUGCUGGCCACCUUCUACGUAGCCAUCACUGUUCCCUACAACGUCUGCUUCACUGCCGUGGAAACACGGGACGAUGGCGACUCCACCGCUCGAAACCCUCCGAGUCACAGCGACAUCUUGGUUGAGAUACUUUUCAUUAUCGAUAUUGUUUUGAACUUCCGGACGACCUACGUAAGCACAUCUGGACAGGUGGUGUACGACGCCCGCUCUAUAUGCAUUCACUACGUCACCUCCUGGCUGUUCGUGGACCUGAUUGCUGCCUUGCCCUUUGACCUGCUCUACGCCUUCAAUAUCAGCGUGAACUUUGGGGUUCACAUGCUGAAGACGGUGCGUCUGCUCCGCCUGCUGCGCCUGCUGCAGAAGCUGGAUCGUUACUCCCAGUACAGCGCCGUGGUGCUCACGCUGCUCAUGUCCACCUUCGCCCUGCUGGCACACUGGAUGGCCUGUGUCUGGUACUUCAUCGGCCGCAGCGAGAUCGAAAUUAAUGACCCUGCGUCCUGGGAUAUAGGCUGGCUCCAUGAACUGGCCAAGCGCUUGGGAACGCCUUACUUCUCGACCCCGCUGACCUCCCUGCUGGGAGUCCCCACGUUGCCCCGAGGCCCCGUGGCAGCAGGACUGGCCAACUACAGCCAGUCCAACGGUUCUGGGUUGGGAUCUCUGACUGGAAUGAGCGGAGCAGGUUUGAUGGGCUCGGGGCAGUGGAACGGCAGCAGGACGAGAGCGAGGAACGGUUCGGGGAUGGCGCUGAGCGGAGGCCCGUCUGUCAGGAGCUCCUACGUGACGUCGCUGUACUUCGCUCUGAGCAGCUUGACGAGCGUUGGCUUCGGGAACGUUUCGGCCAACACAGACUCCGAGAAGAUCUUCUCCAUUAUUACCAUGCUGAUCGGAGCGUUAAUGCACGCUGUGGUCUUUGGUAACGUCACUGCCAUCAUCCAGAGGAUGUACUCCCGCCGCUCCCUCUAUCACACCCGCACCAAGGACCUGAAGGACUUCAUCCGAGUGCACCGGCUACCCAAGGCUAUAGAGCAGCGCAUGAUGGAGUGUUUUCAGACCACCUGGUCUGUCAACAACGGUAUCGAUGUCAGCGAGCUCCUGAAAGACUUCCCGGACGAGCUCCGAGCCGACAUCGCCAUGCACCUGAACAGUGAGCUGCUGCAGCUACCGCUGUUCGAGUCGGCCAGCAGGGGGUGUCUGCGUUCCCUCUCCCUCAUCAUCAAGACCUCCUUUUGUGCUCCAGGAGAGUUUCUCAUUCGCCAGGGGGACGCGCUCCAGGCAAUCUACUUCGUGUGCUCCGGCUCUAUGGAGGUGCUGAAGGACAGCACCGUGUUGGCCAUUCUGGGAAGGGGGGACCUGAUUGGCUCUGACUGCCUGACGCAGGAGGAAGUGAUUAAGACCAAUGCCUGCGUGAAGGCCCUCACCUACUGUGACCUGCAGUACAUCAGCCUCAAAGGGCUGCGCGAGGUGCUCUGCCUCUAUCCAGACUACGCCCACAAGUUCGUCACCGAGAUCCAGCACGACCUGACGUACAACCUGCGAGAAGGACACAACGCCGAGGCAGACUGUGAGAGUAAUGGAGGAAUCAAGACGCUACCUUCAAUAAAGGAAGACGAGGAGGGUUCCGGCUCUGAGGGGGAGCACUCUCCUCUCCCCAAAGUGUCUUCCUUCAGCAGGCUGAGUCGAGGCCUGCGAUCCCCUCUGCGUUCCCCCCUGCGUUCCCCCCUGCGUUCCCCGCUGCUGCCCCCGAGACCGUUCAGACCGGCCAGCGAUCAUUCCCGGCCCUCCAGCCUGCAGAUCCCUGUGGUGAGCUUCAGCUGCCUGCAGCCGGACCUCAGCCCUCGGUUUGUGGAUGGGAUUGAAGCAGAAAGCCACUGCAGUUCGGCCCCGAAGUUUGAUUUCUCUCCCAGUGCAACCAAGAGUUUCACCCCCAGCCCUGAAUUAUCCACCGCAGCUCAUUGUGUGUACACAGGAACCCGUGAUGAAGGUGACACCUUGCAGACUAUUGCAAAGUUAAAACAUGAGAUGUGCGUCCUCUCCCGCCAGGUGAGCGCUGUGAGUCAGGAGCUGCAGGAAAUGACGCGUCUCCUCAAACCGCUCUUUCACAACCCCUGCACGCUGGUGACCCCCAGCACUGUGACUCCUCCUCCCAGUGUGUCCUCGCACGGCUGCUCCCCGGCCCCGCCCUCUCUGACCCACAAUGCACCUGUAGGCCAGUCAGACGAACAAAGCUCCCCAUCGAACAAGGCGUUUCAGGGGGAAUUUGAUCCACUUCACUGCUCCCGGGGCGUCGCCCCUCCCAGCGAUCCUCACACCCAUCCUCCUCCGCCCGUCUCUCAUUGCUCCGCCCCUCCUUCACUCAACAGCUCUCCUCACGAACACACACUCGUGUCACAUCCCUGCUCGUCCUCCUCCAUUCCUUCUCUGUCUUCAUCUGACCAUCCGUCAUCCAUCACUCCCCUCCUGGUGGACUUAUCAGAACCGGAGUCACAAACACGACCUCCACCCCGUCUCUCACUUGCAUCCCAGCUUGGGUUCACAUCCCAGUCUCAAGUGCAGCCCCUCCUCCAGACCUCCAGCAUGACACCCAGCCCCCGAAUGCCCCUCCUGAACUCUGAAGAGGCAGAGGGAGCAGAGCACCGCACCCAGCUCAGCUUCAUCGAUGAAGGAAAGCCGUCGCUGUGAGGGGACGUGGAGACGAGGACUCGGGACAGGAACACGCAUGAAACACCAGUAAUGCAUGACUAACAGCUGCCCGACGUUUGGCUGCCAGUUUACGUGUAAAUAUGCUAUUUUUUAUCUGUUCUGAGCACUAUAA